UAUUUUGUCACUUGUACCUUGUAGAUAAAAUAGUUCUGUAGCAGGGGACACAAAAAAGUUAUUAAAAUUUGUUUUCAACAAAAUUUGACCAUUAUUUUCCCAAAUUAGUUCACGAGGUUUUUACUAUUCCCCGUCAGCUGAUUAGCUAGGGUCGUUCUCCAAAACUGUUUACACAAAAUCUUCACUGCUUAAUUUAAUAUUAUACUCUACUCAACUUAUGUAUGUACUGUGCGGGUGGAGCUUGUGAAAAGUGACGUCAGCUUCAUCAUCCAAUCAAAGAUUUUCUCCAUAUUAUUUGAACUUAAGUGCGGAAAAUAAGCUGUCAAAACAAAGUUUUUCAUCAACACAUCAAUACUAAUUGUUUGUUUUUAACAAAUUGUAACUAAAAUUCUUAUGGUUGACACACGCAUAUCAUUAAAUUAAUAAUAUCAUAAUGCUGCAGCCACAGUUACUACACAACCAAAAACCCUCAAGGGCCAAGCGAACUACAAUUACUAGUGGAACUCGAAAGAUCAUUCGAAAUGUGUACAAUUAUUUAAAAACUUCAGAUGAACACGGACCAGAUGAGAAUCAUCAACUUGCAUUUUUAUCCAAUGGGAAACGAAACAUUCCAGGGAUCGCAGCGUCUAUGCUAGGAAUCCAUGAAAAUUCUGUGAGAGGUUGUAUUAAAAAACAACCUAAUCUAAACACCCCGCCUCGAAAAAAACGAAAAACGAAAUGGGAAAUUGAUGAUUUCGAUCAAACCGGGAUACGAAAUUUGGUUUAUAGAAAUUUCGAACAAGGAGCACAUAUCACGCUACAAACGCUCUUAAACGAAAUUAAUGAGAAAAUCGACACAUUUAUUGAAUCACCCAUUAAAAUUAGUAUUCUACGGAUUAUAAUGCAUCAAAUUGGAUUUGAGUAUAAAAUGAUCGAUCACAGAUUACGAUUAAUGGAAAGACAAGAUAUUGUUGAACAACGUAAAAAGUAUUUGAAACGAAAGAAAGAAAUUGAUGCCACCAAUAAAAAUGUCGUGUUUUUGGACGAAACUUGGGUCAAUAAAAAUCACCAAAAGCAGAAGGUUUGGACCGACGGCACCGUCAAAUCGAGACCAAAUUGCAAAAUCGGAAAGGGUGAUCGUUUAAUUAUCACGCACGCUGGAUCCAAGGACGGAUUCGUGCCGAAUGUUUUAAAUAUCUUUUGGUCAAAUACCGGACAAGCGGAUUACCAUCAAGACAUGAAUGCAGAAUAUUUUGAAAAAUGGUUUGUUGAGCAACUUUUAGUAUCAUUGGAAGAGCCAAGUGUCAUAAUUAUUGAUAAUGCCAAAUACCAUUCAAGGAGACUCGAUGCUGUACCUACGUCCAGUUCGAGAAAAGGCGUCAUAAUAGAAUGGCUAACCAGCAAAAAAAUCAAGUUCCCUCAAAAUGCAACCAAAGUUCAACUAUACGACAUAGUUAAAGCUUUUAAGCCAUUCAAUGUCGAGUACUAAAAUUGCAGAAGAGUAUGGUCAUGAAGUUCUAAGGCUCCCUCCUUAUCAUUGUAUCUUUAGUCCAAUCGAACUGAUUUGGGCAAAUACCAAAAAUUAUGUAGCUACACAUAAUGUGACCCAAAAACAAACAGAUGUAAAACAAUUAUUUAUAGAUGCAUGUAAUAGAAUAACCAGUGAUAAUUGGUGUAAAGCAGUAGAACAUUGUAAGAAAGAGGAAAAAAAAUAUUGGAAAAAGGAUGGCAUUUCUGAUAAGCCAAUAACUCCCAUAAUUAUCAAUUUAAAUGAUUAUACCGAUAGUGAAAGCAGUGACACUGAAUCUGAAUAAAUAAAAUGUAUUUUUUGAUUGUA